GUCCUACACAUAGUGAGUCCAGGCAUUACCACUUCUUGUCCUUGUAGUUUCCGCCUUACUUGUCCCGAGCAUAAGUCUAUCACACAGUUUUCGGGUUUACACCCAAGUUCAGAGCCGGCGUCUGUAUAUUUCCGCUUUUGAUAAACUUUAACGCUUUGGAUCACGUAAAUUGAACUCAAAACCGAAAUGUGGAAUCAGACGGAUCCGCGAGCUUGUUUGCCUAGCCCAGCGAUGCUGAUAUCAGAGGAUGUAUUGGCGUUCAACGAGCACAUGCGGGUAGAAUCUCCGUGGAAAUUUGGUCUUGGUUUGUACGUCGCAAGCCAGUCAAAGUCUUCAGAUGUCAAGCCGGGAAAGGAAUUGAAGGACGAACUGAAACCAAUGCCCCUGUUUUACGUGUCUCCCAAGGUUGCCGAAGAUCGCUCGAAAAAGUGCCCCAAAGUCGAACCUGGAUUCUAUGUAUGUGCCGAAGCCGGAAAGAGAUUCGAAAUCCGUGUAUCGCCAUUUAGUCCCAAUGCUACACGACAGUUAGCCCCAAAGUAUGAUUCCAUGAUUCUGCACAUGUACGUCGAUGGCGUCAAGAUACGCUCAAUGGGUCUAGUAGCCAGCGGUACAUCGGAUUGUCAUUUUUUUGGCUGGUCGAGGGCUAUACUUGAGAACAAUACUGAAUCUGUAGACAAAUUUGCUUUUCAGGAUGUCCAAGGGGAGCGCGUCGGUGCAAAUGGCAGCCAGGGUAGCGGGGGCGCUAAGGCAACUGAUAUUGGGACGAUCAAAGUGGUUUUCACGGCAGCGAAGAAAGGGCAAGCGAUGAGUCAUAAUCAUAUCUUUACGGAGGUAAUAUACAAUUUGAGUAAGAAAGAGAAAGUCACGGAGAAAGAAAUGGCCAAAAAAGGGGCAAGCAUUGGUGUUGGUGGCGGUGAGAAUGUGAAGAAAGCAAUACAACCUAGCAGGUACGUAUACCCUGAUCACCUGAAGCAAGUGCUGCAUGAGAAGACGGUCACAGUAUUUAUCAGAGAUAGUAUGUGGCUGGAAAGCCGACGGAUAAUUGACGGAGAUGGUCUACCGGCCACUGCGGCGGUAGCGAAGAAGGGCAUUGGUGCCACACGUACCACAGCUGGAUACAAUGGCUCACCCACUCAGCAGCCAAUUAAGAAGAAGGUUCGAGUAAGCACCGACAGCGGUGUACCCGCCAGCAAUGGCGAAUCGAGCUCGAGCGCGAGUACGAGUAUUGAUCUGGACGCGAUUCAAGCGGACACACAGGUUAAAUUAGAGGGCGUGAGACGUGCUGGAAAGAAGGGCAAUGCACGGACCAAUGUAGCGAUCAAUCUCGACGAUGAUUGUAUUGAGGUAAAUAAGGGCAAGAGAAAGCAGAAGGGAUAUGUAAUUGUGAUAGAUUAGAGGAUCGUUCUGGAUAUACUGACAUUCCAUCAGGACCGGGUCAUCUCGUAUUGCUGCCCGAUUUUGGAAUGCUUCUUCGCGAUAUGUUCUAGCCUUCAAGUCACAUUCACCCGCCGAUUGUGUGGAUAGUAAUAGUGAUAUUUUUUUCCAGGAAUCGCUAUCCAAUAUUGGGUUGCCUUUAGAGGGUGCGAGGUUCACAUCACUCUGGAUGAUAAAGUGAUCCCAGAAGCGGUCCCUAUACGACUUUCAAAAUGGUGGUUGGACACACAUGUGUCGUAUAAGCGAUACAAGUACAAUCUGAGAGAGCCAAUUCACCUGCAGAUGCUUAAAGUCACGCGUUACCCAGCACUCAUAUACAACGGACAGCAAGCUGAAACAGACAAGUGGAUAGAAGCUCAAACCAAACCAAAUGAUAGUAGCCGACGUCUUCUCUGAUAUGUCAGAGUGUAGGGUGUCCACUACUACCAUCUGAUUUAGUUUGUGAUUUGAUCCAUUUGUCUAUUUGAGACUUUAAGCAUCCGCAAGUGAAUUGGCUCUCUAUCAGUUUGCUUGUAUCGCUUGAAAAAUAUGAAUACGUAUGUAUCUGAUGAUAUUGCCAUGCCUCUGGUUUUUCGAUCCGAAAGGGGGUGCUGGGGUCGAAUGCCGUGAAUUCAGAGGCUCGCGUUCUAAGACGCACAGGAUCGUUUCAAAUGGUCCAUCGCAGAUAAGAUAAAGAACUUUUCUGUUUGAGCACAAGGGAUAAUAUUUGUAGAAUCAAUCACAGGAGUGUGGUGGGCAGAGUGCCAUCACGCUGAAAAAACAACGAAUUAUGGGAUGUCUACAUAGAAACACUAACAGACACAUUCGGCCUAUCGGCUUUUUCUGGAUGGUAUAAAAUGGAAGCAAAGACAGCUUUUUUUUCCACCGUCCCCCUGAUUCUACCUCAAGGCUUGGUAUGUUAAGCUUAUAAGGAAAGGGUAUUAAAUAGACAUGAAUAUCAAUAGGUGGUAUAGUGUUUAUAUUGAUGCACAUUUGUGGUCCAGUAUCUGGGUGCCCAUUUUGCCUUCUAUUGGCAUUUCAAAGAAAGUAAAUCACUGCGAUCACCGCAUUGUCACUGUUGGCAA